GUUGGAUGUCAUCACUGUCCUCUGCUUUGCCGAGCUCUGACGCUGAGUGCGGGGUUGAACUUCUUUCGCACCGUACGUAGACAACCGUGCUAAUCGGAGGUGGCGAUGUUUCUACGACACACCGCACCCGGUGACUCAUCUGAGGCCGAGUCGACCUAGGGGGAGGCCACCAGGACCGGUUCCAAGAUAAUCGCCGCCGUGAGCGGGAAUCGAACGUUUCGGGUCGCCGGGUUCGUGGCCACAGGGGACCACGACGCCACCGUUCCCCCACCGCUCCCCCACCACCAGCACCACUGAGCAAUCGUGACUCGGCACUUCUCACCGACACGCCACUGACACACACACACUGACGGACACAGAGACAGACGCUGAGACAGACACUGACACACACAGACUCACACUGACACAUAUCUGCAUUACGAGUCAAUACCACCCCAUAGCGAGGGUUCAUCCGCAACGGCUGACUGAUCAGAAGCAGAUACUCCAGAGACAGAAGUUGCCUUACCUGCCUGGACAGAGCGGCGCGAGCGACGAUGGCGGGACGCCUCGUGGUGAAAUCCGUGGCGAGCGUGGAGCAGGAUGAGGGCGUGGGAGCUCGCGUGCGGCGCGGCAUUGGCCGCCAUGGGCUGCACAACCUGGACCCGUUCCUGUUGAUGGACGAGUUCCGAACGACGCCAGGAUCGGCGGCCGGGUUUCCCGAUCACCCGCACCGCGGCUUCGAGACGGUGACGUACCUGCUCAGUGGUGCCUUCACGCACGAAGAUUUCUGCGGCCACAAGGGCACGCUGCACGCCGGUGAUCUGCAGUGGAUGACGGCCGGGCGCGGCGUCGUGCACUCGGAGAUGCCGGUGAACGACGCGGGCCCAGCGCACGGCCUGCAGCUGUGGGUGAACCUGCGCGCCAGUGACAAGAUGGUGGAGCCCGCCUACCAGGAGCUGCGCGCCGCCAACAUCCCCAAGGCCACGCGCGACGGCGUCACCGUCAUCGUCGUGUCCGGGGAGGCGCUGGGCCAGAAGUCCAAGGUGUACACCCGCACGCCGACGAUGUACCUGGACUUCCGCUUGGCGCAGGGAGCCACGCACUCCCAGCCUGUGCCGCAGGGCUGGACGGGCAUGGUGUACACGCUGGCAGGCGCCGUGACGCUGGGCCCAGCGGGAGCGGAGCAGCGAGUGGAAGCACAUCACACCGUGGUGCUGGGCGACGGAGACCACGUGCUCAUGCAGAACCAGGAUCUGGAGGAGGCUCACUUCGUGCUCGUGGCCGGGGAACCUCUUAAUGAGCCGAUCGUCAAGCACGGACCCUUUGUGAUGAACACGCAGGAGGAGAUUGAGGAGGCCAUCUCUGACUUCCGCAACGGAACCAACGGUUUCGAGCGAGCCAAGGGCUGGAAAUCCCAGAAUGGGAACCGCCGUUGAUGGCAUCAUCGCGUACAGCACCACCACCAUCAUCAUCAUCAUCGUUCCCAUGAUCAUCAUUGACACCAUCUCCAGCACCAUCAUCACGAUCGACACUAUGUAUGUUGAACUGUUACUUCAAUCACUCUGUUUCUUCACUGUCACCUACUGAGUCAUCACCACCGCUAUCUUCACUUUCACCAGCAACGAUCGGACGACUAUCAUCACCACCACCACCACCAUCAUCACCAUGACCUACUGUGUCGCUUCUGUGUUCACCACAAUCAUUGUCACCAUCUACGGCCAGCCACCAUCAUCAAAGCUUUUCAUUCCUUUUCUCAGUGGCAGAGGUCGCAAACGGAUUUUUAUUCCUUACCCGUACCCGGCCGCACCAGGGUCGCAAACGGGUACCCGUACCCGUACCCUACCCGAUACCCGGCUACCCGUACCCGGCCGGGUAUCGGGUAGGAUACGGGUACCCGAUUGCGACCUCUGGGAUGAAGCCAGGUUGCAGGCACGGGUGGGUUGAUUCUACGAACUUGAAUUGUGAGAAGAGACAAGACGUUGGGAAAAGACAAUUAGUUCACUGCUUUAGCCCACCGGUGUGUUGAAGCGCGACACCACAAC